AUGACUCCCGAAGAAAGGAAGAGGUUCCUCGACUAUGCGACCAGCAUAGAAAGAGUGAAAAACUAUGGCUGGUACUGGGGCCCGAUUAGCGGCGAAAUGGCAGAAAAACUGCUGGAGGCGGAACCUUGUGGCUCCUUCAUCGUCCGCGACAGCUCUGAUGAGCACUACAUAUUCAGUAUUACCUUCAAAGUGAACGGCAUCGUGCGACAUGUGCGCAUUGAACACGAUCAAGGCAACUUCAGCUUUGGCCCAAUGCAAAAGUACCGCAGCAACACCAUCGUCGACUUUAUCGAGAGCGCCGUGGAGCACUCGAGGAGCGGACAGUUUCUCUUCUUCCUCCACCAGCUCAGCAAUGAUAAUCCGCUGGAGGAGCCCGCGGUCCCGGUUCGCGUACAAUUGCUCAAUCCAAUUUCCCGCUAUCGCCAGGUGCAGUCGCUGCAGCACAACUGUCGGUUCACCAUACUGAAGCACGUCCGACGUGACCAGAUCAAGCAACUGCCACUUCCUGACUACCUGCUGUCGUACCUCGACACGCCCUACUACUACUCCGAGGAGUUGGCCAAUCUGCAGGAGUCGAUGAAGCGUGCAAAGGACCGCAAGGAGGAAGACAGACGGCGGAAGGCGUGUUUGCGCACCGAGCAAAUGGCACUGGUGACGAGGAUGCUCAUCAACCGAACCGAUGCCGAGCGAAGGCCUCAAAUAGGCCAACUGCCCACUGAGGGACUGCUCAGCGGGAUCAGCAGCAAAAGCAACACUAACAGCAGGAACCACCGGCAGUGA